AUGGAGGCAUUCUAUGCGACGAACAAUCAGUUCCAGAAAGCGGGUCCAAAGGGUUUCGUUGAAGUGAAGGUUCUGGAGAAUGACAAGGUCUAUGUCCGUGUGGACUUGCCCGGUGUUCCUGACGACGCCGUUCGCCUCAGAGUUGACGCCGUUAGACAAAAGGUUGUGUUUUUCUCCGACGAGACUGUCCACGACAUGGACGGCGUGCGUGAGUACUCUGGAACAGCAGUUCUUGGCUGUGACUGCUGCGAGAUCACUGGCCUGGAGGAUGUCAAAAUGAAAGAUGGUGUUUUGAGGAUGAUUCUCUCAAGGUCAAGGGUUAAGGUGAACAAGGAUCAACAGAACCACAACAACAACGACAAGUGUACUCUCACCGUGCCUCCUUUCACAGGCCAAUCCGGGAUACGUUUGGAGGAUCAUCCGUACAUAGUGAAAGGUCGCAAGGGAGUACUGUUUGGUACUGCAAUAGUGGGAACAGGGCUUUACUAUGCAGCAGACUUGCCAAGUGUUUAUAAGGAUGAUGUACAAGUUGAUGUGUAUGAGAAUGGAAUCAGAUUCAAAGCUGAGAUCAAGGACGCGUAUGAGCAUGAUGGGAGCGGACGAACCUACGUAGGAUUGAUCAUAAGUCCUCCUUCCAGAUUUCUACCUGUAGUUUCAAGCCACACCAUCAGUUGGGAUGUAGAAUUUGGUGUUCUCAAGAUUGUUGUUAUACCUCCUGGCAACAACAACAACAACAACAACGCUGGCUAG